CCGAGGCUCGGUGUCCCGGCUGCGCGCGGCGCGGGAGGGUUCUCCUCACGCAGCUCUUGCUCGCGGAGCCGUGGGGGCCGCGGCAGACGCAGGCCUGGGCCGCCCCUCUCCGCCGCCGCCUCGUCUUCCCCAGGGCUCCUCGGUCCGCUCGCCCUCCGACGCUGCCCAGGUAUGGUCCGAAUAUGCGUUGCUUGGCGGCUCGGGUCAACUGUAAGACUCUGAUUGUCAUCUGCGCCCUCUUCAGUUUGGUCACAGUACUUCUGUGGAGGAAGUGUUCCAGCAACAAAGCGGUCCAGUCUCCACGGCACUUGAGCAGCGGCUUCAGAGUGGAUGCGCUAGAAAAAGGAGCAGCAGCUUCCGAGAGUGACAGCGUGGUGGGCCGCGUGGCCCAGCAGUCCGCGGAGGCCUUUCCUCAGGAGCAGCAGAGAGCACCGCCCGUCGUCGGGGGCAGCAAGGGGUUAGGGCUUAAAUAUGAAGAAAUCGACUGUCUCAUAAACGAUGAACACACGAUUAAAGGGCGGCGAGAGGGGAAUGAAGUCUUCCUUCCGUUCACCUGGGUGGAGAAGUACUUUGACGUUUAUGGAAAGGUGGUUCAGUACGAUGGCUAUGACCGGUUUGAGUUCUCUCAUAGCUAUUCCAAAGUCUAUACGCAGAGGGCUCCCUAUCACCCUGACGGUGUGUUCAUGUCCUUUGAAGGCUACAAUGUGGAAGUCCGAGACAGAGUCAAGUGCAUAAGUGGAGUUGAAGGUGUACCUUUAUCUACACAGUGGGGGCCUCAAGGCUAUUUCUACCCAAUCCAGAUUGCACAGUAUGGCUUAAGUCAUUACAGCAAGAAUCUGACGGAGAAGCCGCCUCGCGUAGAGGUGUACGAAACAGCAGAAGGGAGGGACCGAGACAGCCAGCCCGGUGCCUGGACUGUGCCGACGGGCUGCUUCGUGGCGAGCGUGGCCGAUGAGUCCAGGUUCACCAGCGUGAAACAGUUCAUUGCUCCAGAAACCAGUGAUGGUGUGUCCUUGCAACUGGGGAACACAAAAGAUUUUAUUAUUUCAUUUGACCUCAAGUUCUUGACAAAUGGAAGUGUGUCUGUGGUUUUGGAAACCACAGAAAAGAAUCAGCUCUUUACUGUACAUUAUGUCUCAAACACCCAGCUAAUUGCUUUUAAAGGAAGAGACAUAUACUAUGGCAUCGGGCCCAGAACUUCAUGGAGCACGGUGACCAGGGACCUGGUCACUGACCUCAGGAAGGGAGUGGGUCUUUCCAACACAAAAGCUGUCAAACCAACCAAAAUAAUGCCCAAGAAGGUGGUUAGGUUGAUUGCAAAAGGGAGAGGGUUCCUCGACAACAUUACCAUCUCUACCACAGCCCACAUGGCUGCGUUCUUCGCUGCCAGUGAUUGGCUGGUAAGGAACCAGGAUGAGAAAGGGGGGUGGCCGAUCAUGGUGACGCGUAAGUUAGGGGAAGGGUUCAAGUCUUUAGAGCCCGGGUGGUACUCUGCCAUGGCCCAAGGGCAGGCCAUCUCUACCUUAGUCAGGGCCUAUCGCUUAACCAGAGACCACGUGUUCCUCAGUUCAGCUUUAAGGGCAACAGCCCCAUACAAGUUUCCGUCGGAGCAGCAUGGAGUUAAAGCUGUGUUCAUGAACAGACACGACUGGUACGAGGAGUAUCCGACCACGCCCAGCUCCUUCGUUUUAAACGGCUUUAUGUACUCUUUAAUCGGACUGUACGACCUUAAAGAAACCGCAGGGGAGAAGCUCGGGAAGGAGGCGAGGUCCUUGUAUGAGCGCGGCAUGGCGUCCCUCAAAGCCAUGCUCCCCCUGUACGACACCGGCUCAGGGACCAUCUACGACCUCCGGCACUUCAUGCUCGGCAGCGCCCCCAACCUGGCCCGCUGGGACUACCACACCACCCACAUCAACCAGCUGCAGCUGCUCAGCACCAUCGACGAGACCCCCGUCUUCAAAGAAUUUGUCAAGAGGUGGAAAAGCUACCUUAAAGGCAGCCGGGCAAAGCACAACUAGAGCUCAGAACCAAAAUCAUCCUUCAGCCUCUGCUGUGCGUAGCAACCAUGGCCCCGUGUCAGCAGAGCACAGGCACAUUUCAAACAGCUGUAUACUAGGUUUUUGUGGGUCACAUCAAAUGACAGAUGGUCCUUAAAACCGGUCUUCUGAGAUCAUUGCAUUCCACGGGUUGGGUGUUUAGAAAUGUAGGUGGCAUUCAGAGCAGAGAGGUGUUCAGUCAGUGGGCUGAACGAAGACGUCUCACUCGGCCUUGCCUGUCACCCUGUGCAGUCCCCAGAGAGCCCUCCUCUCGCUUUGGGAAGGAAAGCCGUGAGUAUCUCUUCCUGGCCAGCUGUCCAGCACUGGCCUCAAAACUCAGUGUGGGGCUCUUUUAAAAUGUGGGUGUCUAUGUUGACAGCAGACUUCCAAACAAUAAUGUGCUGUAAUGCAGUAAAUAUGUACCUGUAGCCUGAAUAGUGGACUGUGUGCAGCUUGAAAAACGCUGUUUCUUUUCUGCUCAUUAAUUUCUUGGGAGUUGAUGAGCAUUUGUUGGCAUUUGUUAUAUAUAUUUGGAGAAAUUUUUGAAUUUAUGGUUUUUCUUGAAAUGUGUAAAUGAAAAACACAACCAGUGUUCAGGCUUCACAGUUAUAUAAUGUAAGCACAACUAAAAUGAAACUUGUUGACUGCACAAGAAAUUACAAAAACAUUGUCUGUCUUACGAAACUCGAUCUACAAUCAGUAAAGGAUUGAUAAUCAGUCUGUCCCUCCUCCACCCCCGUUGUGGUGGUUCAUUUUUGUCCCUGUCUAGAAUUUUAUAUUUCAUUUCAGACUAUACUCUCAAAAGAGUUUUGUCUAUUUGAGGGGGACAUUUGGGAAACUUUAUUAUAAACCUAAAUUUGGGGAGGAGCUAGUAAUUUUGAUAAAUCCACUACCGCUGCCUUUUUAGGAAUUUUUUUUUUUCCCUUUAAAGAAAAAUACUAGGUCAGGUAUUAUAAGAAUCCCAACAGGACUUUUUUCCUCCUUAGAUCAUUCUUGGUCAGCAGCUUUCCCUGCUGGUGGCUUCUGUGCAUCAGUGUUUUCCCUUUGCGGUUUUACCAGUAAAUUAUUUCAGCUUUUGGACAGAAGUGAUGCUGCUUCAUUUGCUGUGCGUGUGUAACCAGACCUUUAUUUUGGUUUCUUGCUCUGCCAUACCUCAUGUCAGUAGGUGUCGUGGCCCUCAUACCCUGGGCAGUGUCUGUGUGGGACUUCGGGCGAUAGUCAGACCCAAAGGAGGUGGUUUUGCUGUCUUUGUUUCAGGGCAUGACAUGCACUGAGUCAGGACAGUGACUCACACAGAUCGGGAACAUGGGACCCUGCGUUCAGGGCACUGAGCCUGACAUGCAGUGUGUGGCUGGUGUGACGUGUGUCAGGAGCCAGGUGGCACCCGCCCGCACCCUGCGUCCUGAUUGAGCGCAGCCUGCCGACACCAAUUAGAAUCUGGAACAUACAUGUAAAUGAGCAAAACAGGUGCAGACAGGCGUCAGCGGCAGAGGGGCAGUAGCGGAGAUCCACAGCUGGAGGCGGGACUCGGCUGGCCGCGGAAGAGCGUGAACCCCCCCGUCUGUGUGCCCGCAGGUCGGUUUUGCCCACAGCGAAACAGCUGUGGGUUGUGAGAGCCCCAGCUGCCUGCCUUUGUGGUUCUCACACACACACGUCUCAGCAGGGCUGUCUGGACUCCCCUGAUUACCGUGCUCAAAAGCAAACUUCCUCCAAUCCGGAAACCCUUUUUACUUCGUCGUCUUAGUUAUGGUUUAGAGCAUCCAGACUUCUGCCUUGCGUUUGCGUGCCGGUUCUGCAGAUUGGGGGAGUCCGUGGAAACAGUAUGGUACUGCUUCUGUGACAAAUAUCAGUGCCUUAAAAAUGCGGCUGUCUUUUUCCGCUGAAAAAGGAAAGACGUUUUGGUCUGGAAAUGGCAUUACUGUUUCAUGGCUAUUGGCUCCACACUGCCUUCCAUGUUGCAACAGCAACUUGAUUUUUCCUGUGAUCCCAGAAUUUUCCAAGAGGGCAAGUUGCACCUGUAGCACAACUGUCAGUGCAGACCAGUGGUCCUCAGGCUUCAGACGCCUCAGGAUCCCCUGGGAGCUUAUUGAAAUACGGAUUCCAGAUGUGCAGGAAACCUGCCUGUGAAGCACGGCGACCUGCGCUUCUAACAAGCUCGCGGGCAGUUCUGACGCAGGUGGCCUGGGGACGCGCGUGGAGAGACACUGCCCAGCACCACCCGUCACAGUUUUGUUCCUAAACACCUGCAGGGUUUCUAGGGUUUUCAAUGAUGCAGAAUGUUUACUUACGCUGAGCUUAGGAUGGGGAAGGUAUUUUCAAGUUUUGUUUUCUUUUUUUAAUUUUUCUUUUGUUUCUGGAUUAUGGGCCUCAGUUGUUUACACUUACAUUGAGUUAGCUUUGAUGUUAAAUUAAAUCUAUUGCCACUUCAGUUAUAAGACCAGCCAAAAGUUUCCAGAUGAAGGUCGAGUCUGACCCUUUCGGAGUUGUACAUAAAGGCUGAAUCCAAAAACCGUCCAGCGUGCGCGAGCAGACACGGAGUGACGCCCAAGCGCAGCUCCCGGGCGCCAGCCUGUCCUUUGUCGGGCGCGAACUUCCCCUGAAAGCUGCUGCCCUCACCCUCCUCGUGACUGUCUUCCUGGUUUCUCCUCGUGGUACAUGUGGGGUAUAUACCAUGUGUGAAAUAUGCAAUAACGUGUUUACUGGGUGCCCUUCUGAAGGGCGGUCCUCUGUAAGGCUGUACAGACUUUGCAGUUGAAGCACAAUGUGCACAUGUUAGUUUUAUAUACAGCAAAACUUGAUUUUUUGCAGAUGGAAAGGUAUUUUGUUUCUAUACAAAGUAAAUGGAUUGUGCUUAAUGUAAAGCUGCUUUAUAAAACUGUAAAAUAAAGUUUUUAUCUUAAAA